CUUUCGCUUGUUUGACAAGUCGGAUGUGCAUGAGUGAUUUCUUUGGACUUCGUUGCUGAAAGGUCUGUGAGUGAGAAACAUGAUCCCAGUCUGAACGAUGACGAAUGUUGGAAUGAGUCCGAAGGACGAAACGUUGGCGCGGUUCCUCGACGCGGCCGCCAGGGGCGACGUGGCGGCGGUUUCUGCGACGAUCGGCCACUCCGGCUCCUUCAUCAACGAAAGCGGGGAGAACGGGUGGACCGCGCUGAUGCUGGCCGCUCGACAUGGACACGUCGAAGUGGUGAACACGCUGCUCUCCGAAGGGUGUGACAAAUCACUUGUGAACAAAUCUGGUCAUACUUCCUACGACAUCGCCAAAUUCUGGGGACACAAACAUAUUGCGGGUCUCCUCGCUGACGGCAAAGGUGGCGGCAACCGUCAUCUGUUGCCCCGCGGCAGCGCAGGAGGACAGGAGAACUACUUCAGCAGGGAAUUCCUCAACAGAAUGAGCGAGAAACGGACAGACGGCCAGUGGCUGGAGGCCAAGCAGUCUUCUCCAGCCUCGGUCUACAUCCUCUUCUUCAACCUCAACCCCUUCGUCACGCCGACGGCCGGCGAAACGUCCGAAAGCAGGGCACCUUUUGGGCUGUGUCGGCUCCGGUGGGAGUCCGUGGAGGCGCUCGUGAAGCAGCCAGGGACGACCCUGGUCUUCCUGGGGGUGGAGAAGCAGGUGAAGCACGUUCCUCCGUCUCCGGAAGGAGGCGAGGACGGACUCACGGCGUGGUUCGCCCUCAACACCGACAGCAUCCCCGUCAAAGAGCUGGAGCUUUCGUAUCCAAACAGUGUCUUCCUGAAGCCGCCGAUGCCGCAGCUUUUAAGGCUAAAUCCCAAUGAGGCGGGGGUUAUCGCACAAGCAAGGUCGGUUCUGGCCUGGCACGACCGAUACAGCUUUUGCCCCACCUGCGGGAGCAGGACAAAAGUAUGCGAGGGUGGAUACAAAAGAACCUGUUUAAAUGAGGACUGCAGAAGUCUCCAAGGCAUUCAAAAUACAUGUUAUCCUCGUGUUGAUCCAGUAGUUAUAAUGCUGGUCAUUCACCCGGAUGGAAACCAGUGCUUACUGGGAAGGAAAAAGACUUUCCCUGCAGGAAUGUUCUCCUGCCUUGCUGGAUUCGUUGAAGCAGGCGAAUCGAUGGAGGAUGCAGUCAGGCGAGAGGUGGAGGAGGAAAGCGGGGUCAAAGUCGGUCCUGUCCAGUACGUGUCCAGUCAACCUUGGCCCAUGCCGUCCUCCCUAAUGAUCGGAUGCCUGGCUGUCGCCGUGUCCACACACAUAAAAGUAGACGAAGACGAAAUUGAAGAGGCUCGUUGGUUCACACGGCAACAGGUGAUAGACGUCUUCACGAAGAAUAGCCAACCGGUUUUCACCAUACCACCGAGGCAGGCCAUUGCUCAUCAGCUGAUAAAGUACUGGAUUGGUGUUAAUGCUAACCUGUAAGCUCCAACAGUGUUCACCAGUGGUGGGUACAUGUGGCACUGAUUACUUUUAGCAGAAGUCAGAGAAGUCUUAUGAGCCAAAAUAAAAUAUUGAGUAGGCCUAUUUCAAUAAAUUUUUUUCUGAUUGCAGUAGGAAAUUGACAACUGCUGCAUUGACUGUACUUUAUUGUUUAUGCUGUAGCUUAAACUUCAAAGUGAUUUAUCAGGGACGGGAUAAUUCAUUUAAAUCAUCAUGUUUGUGGGGAAAUAACAGUUUUUGAUUGAUUUAAAAUGAUUUUCUUUGGCUAGUGCUAACUCUUUCUAGAAUUGAGUUAAACAAAAACGAAUGCUGAAUUCUGCUCUGAACAGUUAAUUAGCUGCAAAGCUGUAUUCACUUAGUAUGUACUGUAUACAGACCUCGGCCAAAUACAUAAUACAAAUAUAAAGUUUUGAUUCAAAUACAGGUGCAUCUCAAAAAAUGUGAAUAUCGUGGAAGAGUUCAUUUUCUUCUGUAAUUUAAUUCCAAAUGUGAGUCAUAUAUUCUAGAUUAAUUACACAUAAAGUGAAAUAUUUUUUCAUUUUAAUCUUGAUGAUUACAGCAUACAGCUCAUGAAAAAAAAAAUCCAGUAUCUCAAAAUAUUAGAAUAUUACAUAAGACCAAUCAAAAAAUUGAUUUAUAAUAUGGAAAUGUCGACCUUCUGAAAAGUAUGGUCAUUUAUGCACUCAAUACUUGGUCAGGCAAUCGCAUCCUUGAGAGGAUUGUUAAGCAAAGACGAGCCAACCAAGAGGACCAGAAGGCAGGGUUUGCAUUUUUGGGAGUAUUGCAUAAGGUGUAAUACACUAGACAAGCUCAGUAAAGCAUAGAAAAGUAUUUGAAUCCAAAACAAUUGCAUAUUUCACCCAGGUCUGACUGUAUAUAAAGGUUUAUAUAGGUCAUUGAACUUUUCCUCGUGCUCAUGAAGGCUUUUUAAUCUUUUUGCCUUAUAGGCUACACAACUGAGUGUAAAAAAUAAAGUCAUGACCGAAUAAUCAAAUUAAAUUUUUAUUCCGUUUUUUUCCCAUAAUCACCAAUGAGUCAAGUAUCAGUGAUCCAGACUCGUCAGACUAGGUGCUACCUAUAUAUGAAAUCAUUGCCAUCAUGGAAGCCAGUAAUAGCAGUCAGCACCUGUGAUCAUACUGAAUUGAGCUUUUGUGAAGCAGAAAAACUGAUCUGGGGUCAUUUUGUGAAAGAUUGAGGUGUAGGAGUUGACUACUCCAAGUUUGCUCAAACUUUGUGUAAAUGUUCUUUAUAUAUUCAAUAAAGAACAUCCGAAACAUUA